CUCUUCUCCUCUCUUAUAAUAACCUCACAAUCUUUCUCUCCCAAAAUUUCACCAUCCAAUUCUUCAUUCACGCCGUUUCUAGAGAGAGAAAGAGAGACCAAGAACGAUCCAUCCAAGGUAUAACCAUGACUGGAAAGGCGAAACCCAAGAAGCACACGGCAAAAGAACUCGCGGCCAAGCUUGACGCCGCCACUACCAAUAGAGGCGGCGGCAAGGCUGGACUUUCAGAUCGUUCUGGAUCGGAGAAAGGAGGUCACGCCAAACUUGAAUGUCCUCUCUGCAAAAUCACGGUACCUGAUGUCAAAUCUAUGCAGAUCCAUCACGAAUCGAAGCAUCCCAAGAUUCCAUUUGAUGAAACCAAGAUCGUCAAUCUCCACCAGUCUGUUCCUGAAACCUCCAAGGCGAAACCUGGCGUUCGUGGAAGCCUCAAGAAGUAGAACUUGAAAUCUGACUACAAUGGACGACGAGAAAUCGCUUCUAUUUUCUAGUAUCACUGCUACUCUCUUAAUCAAUAAACUUUUUUAAUUAGAUCCAUGCACCUUUUAUAGACGUCGCCAUUUUCGCCGUGUGUUGUUUGCGUGUUAUGCUUCUUCUAAAAAUGGUUUAUAUUGGAAAGAUUGAAACUUUUGUCUUUGUAUAUUUUCUAAGCCUUGUGUCAUAACACUUGGUGAUGAAUAUUCAUAGUUUGCCAUGGUGUCCUUUAUCUA